AUGUUGCAGGUGUCACUCCUACUUGCAUCGAAGGCAGAUCCUGCUGGUGCAGAUGGCUUCGCUUUCACCGCAGCUGCCGACUCUGAAGAGUGCCUCGCCCUGCUGCUCGAGGCCUAUGAGGGAGUGCCACGAUGUCCGAGAACGCUGGAUGCGAAUGAAGAGGACAAAGUCAGCCUUCUGGAGGUUGCUGCGGUCAAAGGAAAUGCCCAGUGUGUGGCCCUGCUCCUGCAUGGUGAUGAGCUGGCGGCAUCGGCAGCAGCUGCAGCGGCUCAGCGAGCUGAGCACUUCGACAUCUCUCGUUGGCUUCAAUCUGCAGAGGGCGUAAACAGCAUGGUCCUGGGCUUCAGCACCUCAACGUGUGACAGAUCUGCAAGGACUGCAAGGACAAGCGACGAUCUUUCCGAAGGAGCGCAGCUGCUGUCCUGGCAAUCCUUGCUGAAACCUGCAGAUGCUGUGAUGCGCUCCUGUUGCUGGAUAGAGAGCUUGGCUGAUGCGAGACAAGCUUUGCGCUCGCUGGAGGAGGACCUGUCUGAGUUGGCCAUCCUCGGAGUUGACCUGGAGUGCUACGGUGACGUGGUUUGUACACUGCAGAUGGCGACAGUGAAAGGGACGGUCGUCCUGGACGCGUUGAGACUUCAUGGCCACAUUGCCGAGCUUGUGAGCAGUAUUUUCUUGGACGGAUCCGUCAUCAAGCUCUUCCAUGCGCCCAGAAACGAUAUGCGCUGGCUUUGGAGUAACUUCGGCGUCCAAGUAGUGAACAUGUUUGACACAGACACUGUGGCCAUGCUGGUGAACGAGCGAGAGUCUGGGGUUGGACGCCACCGCAGCCUGAAAGAGCUUUGCAAGCGCUUCCUCCAGAUGGAUUUAGAUAAGACUCACCAGCGUUCCGACUGGCGGUUGAGGCCUCUUCCCGAGGAGAUGCUUGCCUAUGCCGCACGUGACGCAGAAGUGCUGCUGCCCUUGGCCACGCAUCUUGCCAGCAUGGCAGACGACAAAAUGCUGUUGAAGGAGUCUUUGCAGGCAUGCCGCAGGCAGACGCAGCAGGCGCAGGACGCAUCUGGCAACGGGAUACGAGUCGAACUUCUUGGAACAGAGCAACUCUGCAGAUGA